GUCCAUCAGUAACCGAACCACUGAACUCAAUUUUACGUUUAUUCGGUUCGCACAACGUGCAGCGUGGGCCGGCGUACUUAAUCAAAAUGCUGGGACCCAGAAAGCUGCGCUCGUGCUACGCAGCUUGCUGUAAUCUGUCUAUUGGGUCUUCUUUUCUGAGGCACUCAGCAGACAUCAGCUGAGUUACCACUCUACCAGACAUAUUUCAAAAUCUUCUGCAGACCUUUUGUAGAAAGGACUCAAAUACGAAGCAGGAACUCUACCCCGCUUCUCUCCGUGCAGCCUUCCUCGACUAGAUCAGCACGCGACAGCCCAAAGCGACAACGCCCACAAGCAACUUCGUCCUCUGGAUCCCAAAGCAACAUAUGGUAUAGCAUUCCUGGCCCCUUUGCGACCACUCUGGAAGAAGUUCCGUAUACGACAAAGCCCACUGCGCCCAAUCUACUGCUAUCUGAUAAGGCGAAAGCUCGACCCGCCCAAAGCGACAACACCCGAACGCGACAAUCCUUCGUGUGAAAAAUCGAUUCCUGCAUGAGUGAUUGAUCGUGAUACAUAUCAUCGACAAGCCUGCAGCCCUAUCGCCAGCGAACUACUCUAUUCCUGCGAACAUGUCGAAAUCCGAUCCGUACAACGGCUAUGCGCCCGGCGCUGACACCACCUAUCGACGAGCAUCCAAGCCGGCGGAUGCUUAUGGAAAGGAAGAUCAGUAUGGAAACGAUGUGCACCACGAUGCACCCCGCCGGUUGAACUCCGUGGACAGCGCCGCUGAGGAUGUGCUUGCGGCUAUGGGCUACACGCAAGAGCUGGUUCGUAAUCGAUCUACUCUGAGCGUGGCGUUCAUGUCCUUCGUGCUGGCAUCUGUACCUUACGGAUUGUCGACGACGCUCAUCUACCCCUUGACAGGCGGUGGCCCGUCCACUGUGAUCUGGGGAUGGUGUCUCGUCUGUGCGCUGAUGAUGUGUGUGGCCAUUUCUCUCGGUGAAAUCACUUCGGUGUACCCUACAGCUGGAGGUGUGUACUUCCAAACCUAUAUGCUCUCGCCACGCUGGUGCCGUGCACUCGCUGCCUGGAUGUGCGGCUGGUGUUUCGUGCUCGGCAACAUCAUUAUCACCCUAUCUGUGAACUUCGGUACCACACUCUUCCUCGUCGGCUGUAUCAAUAUCUUCCAAGGCGAGCCCUACCUCGAUGAGGCGACAGGGGAGAUGACGACUGCUGGAAUCUUUGCAGCCGAGCCUUAUCAAAUCUACCUGAUCUUCAUCGGCAUCACGAUCAUCUGCAACUUGAUCUCCUCGUUGCUGAACAAGCACCUGCCACUCAUCGACACCCUGACUGUGGGCUUCACCUUCAUCGGCGUUGCUGCAAUCAUCAUUUCCGGACUCGUCAUUGCCAGGGAAGGUCGCCGAUCUGCUUCUUAUGCAUUCGGUCACUUCGAGGUCCUUUCUGGCUGGAACCCUCCCGGAUGGGCAUUCUGCGUUGGUCUGUUGCACGCUGCAUACGCCACCUCUGCCACCGGUAUGGUCGUCAGCAUGUGCGAGGAAGUUGAGAAGCCAGCCGAGCAGGUACCCAAGGCCCUCGUCGGUGCACUCGCCCUCAACUGGGCCUGCGGUUUUAUCUUCUUGGUGCCAUUGAUGUUCAUCCUUCCAGACUUGGUCGCUGUCACUACCGACCCUACCGGACAGCCACUUCCUGCCAUCCUCUCUCGUGCCAUUGGUAACGAGGUUGGCGCUUUUGUCUUGACUGUUCCGAUCAUCAUUCUGGGCUUCUUCUGCGGCACGAGCUGCACCACUGCCGCAUCUCGAUGCACCUGGGCCUUUGCUCGUGAUGGCGCCAUUCCUGGUUCCCGCCUUCUGAAGUUCGACACUGUCAACCGCAAGCUCGACGUUCCGUUGAACGCCAUGUUGCUGAGUAUGGCAAUUCAGCUGAUCCUUGGUGUCAUCUACAUUGGUUCAUCUGCAGCAUUCAACGCUUUCAAUGGUUCUGGUGUCAUUUUCUUGACACUGAGCUAUGUCAUCCCUGUUGCCAUCUCCUUCUGCACUGGUCGCAAGAAGCUUGUUGGAGCACGAUACAACUUUGGAAUCUUCGGUGCUAUCUGCAACGUUGUUGCCAUGGCCUGGUGCGCGUUCGCCAUCCCUCUCUUCUCCAUGCCCGCUGGUCUUCCUGUUUUGGCGGAGACUAUGAACUAUGGUUCUGCAGUGUUCGUCGCAGGACUUGGCGUAGCGCUCGCUUGGUAUUACAUCUGGGGACGCAGGAACUACACUGGUCCUAAGAUUGACGAAGAUCCGGUGGCGGGUGAAAACUCGCCUCCACCUUACCAAUGAGUACAUGAGUAGAUACACAUAGCAUGCAGAUGCACAUCUUCUUCUCUUCAUAUCCCAUCUCAUUCCCUGUGGCACCGCAUGCAAGCAGCUUUGCCGUGCGGUGUACAUGUAUUGAAUACGACAGCAAGCAUUCUCCACCCUGCUCCAUGACAUCAUCAAUCAUGCUUGCCCAAUUUCAAUUGCAUGUGAACGCGAAC